UGAGUUUCCUGGUUUUGUGGGACAGACCGAGAAGAGCUGCAAAAGAGUAAAAGGUGUGUGAUCGUCUAGAAACUGCUUUGGAUUCAGAACCUGGAAAACAGAAAUUCUACUUUCCUACGCAAAACUUGUACUAUGGGAUCUUCCCAUCAAUUGGUAUCCUCCCAUAUUCACUAGUUCACGAGUUUUAUUUUUGAAAGAAAUCUUCAUAGUUUCCCUACCAAAAAACUCAUAAGGAGAGAGUUUUAACUGGUGUUCUAUCCUUGGGUCAGAACAAGAAGCAGCAGCGCACCUUUUUCCUUGUGAUGAAGAGAGAAGUUAAAACAUGACUGCUCGUACCUACCGAAACCUCUUUCUGAUGUCUGUCCCUUUAAGUGCCCAUCUGUUCUCAAGUGCCUGCCGCCACCAUCCCUUCUGCCAUGUGGUUAGAGACACGCUGGAAGAACAUCCGCCAUACCUUGCUGCUUGUGUUCACCGCUGCUCUCCUCAUCGGGGUCACCAUGCUGGCCAUCUCCUCUAACCCAGUAGGCUAUUUCUUCCUCGGGGUAGGGGGAGUGUGCCUGGUCGGCUAUUUGCUGAGUGUGUUUGUCGAGUGUUACCUGAGGAAUCAACACCAGCAUGACGCAAAUGAAAUACCUCCGAACAGGCAGAGCCAGGCAGGGGUGAAUGCUGCCUACGAAGCGCCCACCUAUGAGGAGGUGAUGACCAUGUCAGCUCCAGCAAUAUGGACAAUUACAUCCAACCCAGGCUCUGUGCCCUCGCCGCUGAGCGAGCCUCCCCCCUACAGCGUUGUCAUUGAAUCCUCAGCCCAGCAAGAGACGAUGGUGGAGGCUCCCCAGGGGCCAGCGCCACCAGACACAAUGCACACCUCUGAGACUGGCACGGGCUCCAGGACACAGCUGCAGCUGGUGCUGCCCCCGAGACUGCAGCGCUUUGUUUCGGACAUCCAUGAGGAGAAAGACCUUGAAGAAAGGUCUGAACCACUGGAGCCACUCACUCCACCACCUGCUUACGAGACUGCCAUCAGUGAUGAGGUCUUUGAAGAUGCUCACCAGCCUUCUGCGUUAGGACUGAUUACACCUUCCAUGAAUACAGAACCAAACCCUCACCCCAAUACAGGAUGCUCCUACAGGGAUGGUAAAACAGCUGAUAAUGUUUUGCCUAAAUGUUUGUCUCGCCAUUCUUCGAACCAGAAUUGAACUACAGACACAGCUUCUGAUGUUACUAGAAUCUUUUUGCACAAAAUGGAAAUCAAUGCAAUACCACACUGCUUUGUCUUGGCAGAAACAUAAAACCACUAUGAGGAAAGUUGUGUUAUGUAUGGCAACAUUCUCAAACUGGAGAUACACCUUUAUGGGAGGAGAGAAGUAAACCCUGAGAACAGACAAGGUUGCCAAAAGACCUCUGAAGAAGGGCUGUAGGAUGCAGCCAGAAGAAUCUGCCUGGGAAAGGGGAGGAAUAGAAACAACACUAAGCAUGUUUUGCCUGUGCGUUGCAAACAGCAAUAUUGCUGUGUGGUCAUCAGCCACCCUGAAAUCCCUACAGAGAUAAUAAACCUGCGCUCCCCACGUUGCUGUUUUGCAGCAACACAAAUUUAUGGUCUGAGCUGUCUGUUACUGUCCCUCUGCCACACCUACUCCACAUUCUCAACCGUGCUACAUGGGAGUGGGACUGAGGGGAGAGUGUCUGACUGCAUCUGGAAGCUGCUACCACCUGAUACCUGUCACUUAGGGUUGAAAAGCUGAUAGUAUGCAUCAAAUGACUUCUGUUGUUCACAUCCCACCACACAGCCAGUGGUGGACAAGAGGGAGAUAAGUUUCCCCCUGCAAGAGAGGGCAGUGAUGGGAUACAUACACAUCCUCUGCUUGGACUUCAUGGGUCUACAACAGAGUGCAUGUCUGCUGCACUGCGGAUGUACUCCAACAGGUGGCCUGAGACACUUUAUUGUCAUCAUGCACAGAAAGGCCAAAGCUCCUCCAGUUCUCUGUGGGGUCUGGAAAGGUCCAGUUUGUCUGCCAAGGCAGCAGAGCACCUGAGGACAACAGUCCCAAGACUCAUUUGGCCUUCAUCAUGAUGGUUCUAGGCUGUAGGCGGGUUCUAGCGCUCACUGAUCAGUGAUGCUAUGCCUUUUUAAAUGGGUGAGCUAGACUGGUCGCCUCUGCAGUGUCAAAGUGGUCUGCAGUAUGCAAAGAGAUGCAUUUGCAUCUGGUGAAUGUCCAAAUUAAAAAAUAAAAAUGGUGGUCUGAAUCUCCUGUGCAGGAGAGCAGCAGUCAUCACAGCCUUGCUCAUGACUGCAUCUUUAAUUCUUAUGAGGAACCACCAAACCAUAGACCAGAAGCAAAUAAAUUAUUUCUUAUUGUUUGAUUCUUUAUAGUUCAAAGAAAAAGACCUUUUAUGUAAUUUAUAAAUAAAAAAGACUGCAUUAAAAA